AUGGAACCAAAGGCAAGAAAUGUAAAGAGUAAUAGGGACGAGAUAGCCGGGGCUAAGGACGAGAUAGUAGGCCAAUAUGGUGUUAAGGACGAGAUAGUAGGCCAGUAUGGUGCUAAGGACGAAAUAGUAGGCCAGUAUGGUGUUAAGGACGAGAUAGUAGGCCAGUAUGGUGCUAAGGACGAGAUAGUAGGCCAGUAUGGUGUUAAGGACGAGAUAGUAGGCCAGUAUGGUGUUAAGGACGAGAUAGUAGGCCAGUAUGGUGCUAAGGACGAGAUAGUAGGCCAGUAUGGUGUUAAGGACGAGAUAGUAGGCCAGUAUGGUGUUAAGGACGAGAUAGUAGGCCAGUAUGGUGCUAAGGACGAGAUAGUAGGCCAGUAUGGUGUUAAGGACGAGAUAGUAGGCCAGUAUGGUGUUAAGGACGAGAUAGUAGGCCAGUAUGGUGCUAAGGACGAGAUAGUAGGCCAGUAUGGUGCUAAGGACGAGAUAGUAGGCCAGUAUGGUGUUAAGGACGAGAUAGUAGGCCAGUAUGGUGUUAAGGACGAGAUAGUAGGCCAGUAUGGUGUUAAGGACGAGAUAGUAAAGAAAUAUGAUAGUGAUCCAAUAGGAAUUCCUGCAGUUGGCUCGUUGUUUACGCAGAGUGUUUUCAGGAAGUAG